UUAGAAGAUUUGCUAUCCGUAUUAAGUCUUCCUUAAUUCAGAAUGUGCAAUCACUGUGGGUAGGAGCAUCUAUCCAUACAAUCGGUUUAAUCUUUCAAAAUCGCAAUGAUGCUACCAAUGGUUAACAAGAAACUAUAAAACGAAAACUAUUUUCAUAAUACAUAUUCCCAAAUAAAAGGACUACUGAAUAAAACGAUCAACUCGUGGGAGCAAGUUCAUAUGUUUUAGUGAAUUUCUUGGUAUCCAAGGAACAGAGGAAGCGGAUAUUAACACUUAUCGAGGUUGUAUUUGCCCUUCACAGGAGUUUCAUGCUACUCUGCAAAUACACUUGUCUGUGGCUUAUCAGAACACGUGGGAAUUAGUUUCGCAUGCCACAAGCGAUUGUCUUCGUCAAUAUCGCUGCUCAUCUUCGAUCUCAGAUUUCAUUUUUAUCAUAAAACAUUGACCAAAACGCCAAAUUUAUUCUCAAGUCAACACUGGAAUCAAUAAUAAACCAUAUCGAUACAUAAUUUCGUAGCGCAAACCGCAGAGAUGUAAACGCAGAUCAGAAGGGCAGCACUGCACUGUGAGAAUCUAACUUACUACGGAACUUCCGUGCUCUCUCGCACAUGCAAUUUUGUAACUGAUCGUUACCAAUUAUCAUUUACAUAUUUUUGAGCCCAUAUCAGACCUCAAUAAAACAUUGACAGAAAAACGAAUGACAGUGGCUUAAAUAGUUGGAGAGUUUGAAAUGACUGACAGAACGUGGUUGUACAUAAAUUGUCAAAUAUGGGAAGAUAUGGAUUGACGCAAGGAGUACUGUAGAUGAUAAAAGGUGUAGUACAUAUGGAUGCUAGAGGUGCUGGUAAUGUCGCUGAGGAUGCUGCAGCGGACCUUGCGAGGAGGCGGGAGGCGGCCAUGAGCGCCUACUAUGUUAACAGGCGCUUUGUUUUCAUCAAGACUGGUGUUCCUGGCUGUACGAUCAGGAUUCCUGUUGCUUCAAACUAUGAUCUGGAUAAUGACUACGACUACAUUAUGUCACGAGCACUACGGUCCUACCGGCAGCACCGGGAGUGCGAGAAGGCUGAGACGCGGCGAGGACCGCUCAAGAGCGCCUACAUUCGGCGUCACCAGCUAAGACCAAAAACGGCACCGCCGGCCAGAUUCAUAGAAGCGAUCAAGGUCCGUCACGUGAACGGCGCGACGGAAGGACAAUCCUUAGUCGGUGGCCACUUUGUGCCCAGGGUGGACGCCAUAAAAGAAGUGUCAGAGGCAAACCCGGUGUCAAAUGAGGAAAGAUCCCCUCGACGAGUGUUGCAAGUGGCCAAAGUAGACCUCAAUAUGAUGCAAGACGCGAAUCGGAAGACGGCCUCAUAUAUGAAGAGGAACGCACCGGCCCACCCCUGGCACAGCCACAGCUACCCGUCCGUGCGACCUAUGGAGAAGUUCGUGCGACCUCCGCACGCCUACAUGUCCGCCUCCGUCGGCGAGCGCGACCUGUCGUCUGCUCUCUCCAGUUCCAGCUCGAGAAGCUCGAGCGCAAAAAGUAGUCCGCAACAUAGACCAAUGUGCAGACCAUCUUCUGGCGCUUCGAAGUCUAGUACGAACUCGAAACUAUCCCCUAAUAAUAAAUAUUACUACGAUGGUGGAUUAUUUACGCAUCCUAAAGAAAAUCACUCGGAUUAUUUUGUGAUACAUCCAGAUUGGGUUUCUGAGUCUAUGUCUAUUCAAAAACUGAGCCUUUCAGAAAGGACCAAACAGCUUCCACCAAAAAGCAAAUCCAUGACUUGGCCACAAAGACGGUGUUACAGUGCGCCACCAUCGAAAUACCGCAACCCUAUUACUUGGGAAAAUAUACAGACUACAUAAUGAUAUAACACAUAUCGGUAUUUCUGUGCAUUUUAUUCAGACAUUCUCUCCUAGUGCGCAAUAUUACCUCAGUUUUCCAAUCAAUGUGUGUGUUGUCAAAUGAAAAAUGGACUAUUUUGUGCGUCCAUGCUAUUUAUUAAAUAAAAAGGGGAAAAUUGAUACAAAACCAAUGACCAUGAUUAAUUAAAACUAGCAUGAAACCAACCGUGACGCCGUUUCCCUACAUGUAUGAACUCGUUUUCAUACAAUGCAGUUAUAUAACGUAUCUAUUCAUGAUAGAGGGAAUAGACAAAGUGUUAGGUCUUGUCCGUGUAUGUUGUUAUGUCUUUGAUACAAUGUCAAGGGUAGAAAGAGUGGCAUGUUAUAGCUGGUUCGUGUUGCACUAACAUUGUAUGCUAUAUUGUCGAAGUGCUUCUUAUUAUGUAAAUCGAGCUGCUUUUUGUAAAUAUUAUUUUUCAUCAUUUUUAUUCUUUAAUAUAAAUCUGAUGCUAAUAAAAGUGGCAUUUGCCAAGAAAACG